CCAUGUUGGAUUGUGCGGCCGCCGCCGCCGCCGCCGCUGCCGCCGGGGAAGGGUUGGAGGAGGAGUUGGGAGUUUAGCGCAGUCGCCCGAGUGCGAGGACAACGACCGUCCGGCCAGAGUCCAGCCGGGCGGGAGUUGGGAGCUUCCCUUGUUCCGCACGGCCCUCUGUCGGCUCCUCCUUUCCGUGGCCUCCUCCUCCUCCCCGCGCCGGAGGAGUUGAGCGAGAUGCUGCGCCUCUGACUCCCCUCCUCCCGCCCCUGUCACCGAGAAGGGGGACGAGCGCUCGCCCACUCGCCGGAGGACACGGACCUGGACUCCCAGCCCCGCCGGCGAAACCAUGAGCUCCGGCCAGCAGCAGCCGCCGCCGCGGAGGGUCACUAACGUGGGGUCCCUGCUGCUCACCCCGCAGGAGAACGAGUCCCUCUUCACCUUCCUCGGCAAGAAAUGUGUGACUAUGUCUUCAGCAGUGGUACAGUUAUAUGCAGCAGAUCGGAACUGUAUGUGGUCAAAGAAAUGCAGUGGCGUUGCUUGUCUCGUUAAGGACAAUCCACAGAGAUCUUAUUUUUUAAGAAUAUUUGAUAUCAAGGAUGGGAAACUAUUGUGGGAACAAGAGCUAUACAAUAACUUUGUAUAUAAUAGUCCUAGAGGAUAUUUUCAUACCUUUGCUGGAGAUACUUGUCAAGUUGCUCUUAAUUUUGCCAAUGAAGAAGAAGCAAAAAAAUUCCGAAAAGCAGUUACAGACUUGUUGGGUCGGCGACAAAGGAAAUCUGAGAAAAGACGAGACCCCCCAAAUGGUCCUAACCUACCCAUGGCAACAGUUGACAUAAAAAAUCCAGAAAUCACAACAAAUCGAUUUUAUGGUUCACAAGUCAACAACAUCUCCCAUACCAAAGAAAAGAAAAAAGGAAAAGCUAAAAAGAAGAGAUUAACCAAGGCAGAUAUUGGAACACCAAGCAAUUUCCAGCACAUUGGACAUGUUGGUUGGGAUCCAAAUACUGGCUUUGAUCUGAAUAAUUUGGAUCCAGAAUUGAAGAAUCUGUUUGAUAUGUGUGGAAUCUCAGAGGCACAACUUAAAGACAGAGAAACAUCAAAAGUCAUAUAUGAUUUCAUUGAAAAAACAGGAGGUGUUGAAGCUGUUAAAAAUGAACUGCGAAGGCAAGCACCACCACCUCCACCACCAUCGAUGUACCCUCCUCCACCUCCAGCCCUUCCGUCCUCAGCACCUUCGGGGCCGCCCCCACCACCACCACCUCCGUCCUUGGCGGGCUCCACAGCACCACCCCCACCGCCGCCUCCUCCGCCACCCCCGGGGCCGCCCCCGCCCCCUGGCCUCCCUUCUGAUGGUGACCAUCAAGUUCCAGCUUCUGCAGGAAACAAAGCAGCUCUUUUAGAUCAAAUUAGAGAGGGUGCUCAGCUAAAAAAAGUGGAACAGAACAGUCGACCAGUGUCCUGCUCUGGGAGGGAUGCACUUUUAGACCAGAUUCGACAGGGUAUUCAGCUGAAAUCUGUAUCUGAUGGCCAAGAGUCUACACCACCGACACCUGCGCCCACUUCAGGAAUUGUGGGUGCAUUAAUGGAAGUGAUGCAGAAAAGGAGCAAAGCCAUUCAUUCUUCAGAUGAGGAUGAGGAUGAAGAUGACGAAGAAGAUUUUGAGGACGACGAUGAAUGGGAAGACUGAGCUAUAUAUUAUAUAUAUAUUUUUAAGGUGAAGUACUAAACACUACUUUCUGUCUAUGGAUUCUGUAAAAUUAUCAUGUAAAUGUUCUACCAAUUUGCUGUAUAUUUUUGUUGCCUUUUUUGCUUUUUUUUAUUAAUCUGUGCAAUACCUCAUUUAAUCUGUAAAGGUUUGUCAUAAUCCUCUACGAAGCUACUCCCUGUUGCGGUGUGCAAGUUUACACCAGGAUGCUCACUUAAUUUGUGAAUAUUUUUCAUUCCAUCAACAAGGGAGUUUAAAUAUUAUAUGUGAGACUGACAAAAACCUUAGUGUAAUUUAGUUGUAAUGCCAGAAGGAAGACACUAUUUUCAUACCCUACUUUUUCUGUACCUAAAUUUUCUUAUUAAGAUCUAGUAUAGCAACUACAUUCUUUUUUAAGUGAUGCAAACCUUAGUUUAUUUAGCCCCUUGGUUUUGAACACAAUGCUACGUGAAUGUUGAAACUGAUACAUUGCACAGUUCUCUAGACAUCCCCACACUGAUGCAGUUUCUCAGAUGUUAGCAGUGUGGUCUGCAGAAAUCUACGGAGAUGCUAGACUGGGAAAUGGGAACACACCUCUGACAGCAGCACUGCCUGUUGCUGGGUGGCAGUGGCGUUUGGAGGCUGGACUCAGGAGCCCUCACACACCUGUACUUGACUGAAGUGACUCUUAUAUUACAGCAAAUGUGGCAGGCUCUUUUGGGCAAAAAUUCAUGAAAUAUUUUUGGUAUUAUUCCGAAACAAAUGUUACGUAAAGUGUUCGAGUUGGGGGCGGGUCUUAGGGAUAAUUUUCUUCUAGGUGAAUGAGACUAUACAUCAUGAUUACUUCAAUAUUUGUUUAAGUAUGCUAUAAAAAUCAGAACGUUAUAAAAAUGAUACGAAAUUAAGUAUUUUUAUUUUGCCAUCCACAUGGAUUGAGGUAUUCAAAAAUAACAACCGUAAAAAUCUAAUCUAGUUGGCAAAGCUAUACACUGUAAUGCUGAACCUACUAUGCUAUUUUUUUUAAUUUUUAUAAUUUCUCAAGGUUUUUGUCAAAUGUCAGGUGAAGGGUCAUAUUUGAAACACGUAACUCAAUGAUAGAUUUAAAACAAAAAAUAAAACUUUACAACCUGCACAUUUGUUACGUAUACUAAAUGAUAUGUUAAAAUUAGGGGUUCCUUGCCUCUCUACAAUACACUAACCUGCCUAAAGGUGGUUUUCAUAUUUAUAGUGCUAGUUGUCAUACCUACCUACUUUAAAUUUUACGUAGAAAAAUGAUCUGAUUUAAAUACAGACGUAUUUUUUCUCACAUUGAGUCAUGUGCAGAAUGUAGUUCCAAAUGUGUUUCAUUACUGUAGUCACAAUAUCCCACUAAAAAUGAAGCUCUCUAGAAUUAUACCGACCAAAAUCUAGUAUUGGCAUGAUCUUGACAGGCUGGCCCUGCGAGAUGUGGCUUGAAUUUUAACCAAUUAUCACAUGAUCUCUCGUGAUCAUGCAUCUAGUUAUCAUAAGAAAUAACUUAAAAGGUUUUGUUGCUGAAAGCAGUAAGCGGUGCAGUAAAAUAGUUAAGUUAUUCAAAGAAUGUUCCGUCUUUGCAAGAGUAAUUUAAGCACAUGGGAAAGAUUCUAGACUUUUUGUUUUUUACAAAAACAGUGCCCUCUGCUGCUGGAAACCUUUUUCUGCUUCCUCUAGUUUUUAUUGUGGCUUGAGCUCAGCUAGUCUGGUGUGGAUGAGGCUGGACCGCUACCAACCAAUAAAAUUAGGAAUUUGUGCAAAUGACAAAUAGAACAUUAUAAUUACUUUAAGAGUGAUAGUAAACAUUUUCCUUCUUCUUUUUCUUUUUAACAUUAUAAAAAGCAUUUUAAAUAUCCUCGAAAUGUCUUUAAGGUAAUGCCAACUUAAGAUCUCUCUUAACUUUUGGCCAAGGAAUUCAGGGUUUUCCAGCUCACUUUGGUAUGAUAAAUAUUUACCAGGAGCUGCUCUAAACAGAGGAUAUCAAUUCUUUGACUUGGCAACACAAUUUUAAACUUGUAAGAUGGGUAUAAAAUUUGCCAAAGGUAAUUGAGUUUAUUCUUCUUAAAGAGAAAAAGACUUUUUGUUGUUGCACAAAGUCUAAAUUGCUAUUGGUUGAAACCCAGCAGCUGUGGCGUUCAGUCCGGGCAUGAUGCCGGAAUCGCUUUAGACAUAAAGGUUGCAUGCUUCCGUCCUCCACCGCAGUGCACUGUGGGCAGUUCUGUACCUGUGCAUUGUCCGGCAGCCUCCUGUAUGUACUCCAGCUAAAUGAUUGUCUGACAGCCUUCACAUUUAACAACCUAGCAUGAGGCUUUUUAUAUCUAAAUGCUACGUGAUAGACAAUUUCAGCUAGCCACAUAUUGUAUGUAUGAGAUUCAUAAACACUUUCAAUCAUUCAUUUCCAUUUAUCAAAUGAAAUUUUGUUUAGUAUGUGAAUUUUUUUUGAAAUGUAUAGUGGAUAGGAUGUUGCACUGGUGGCAAUUCAUCAUGGAGCAUAAUAAAAUUAAUUUGACCCAAAUAUA